GUGUGCCUCGGUCGGCGCUCCUGACGCCUGUAAUCUCCUCUGAGCUCCGUGCAGCCUAAAUCAAACCGGUCGGGAUUAUUUUCACCCUAAUCCUUGGAUAUCUAUUUUGGUUACUGACAUUUAUUCGCAGUUUAACGAUGUUGGGAACUGUGGAGAGCACUGCGCUGCUGGCAGGUGCUUAGUGACUGCAGCCAGGCUGCCUGUCUCCCAUCAACACCCGUCUUAUCACCAGCCUUUGAAGUGAAGCCAGGAGUGUGAACCUCUCCCUGUCCCUCCUGCCACAUUCACAGUCUCUCCUGAAACAUUCAAUUUGUGGCUGCCAAGGACAAACAAAGUCAAGGAGGAUUCCAGGAUAUAAAGGCAAUACUUAAGUCCUUCAGAGGAAAAAUUGUACUACACAGGACCUGACCAUGGGAAACCAGCUCACAGAAAUUGCCCCCAACGGCUCGUUCCUCCCCAGCUUCCAGUCCCUGCACGUGGUUGUGAUCGGUUUGGACUCUGCAGGGAAAACCUCGCUCCUCUACAGACUCAAGCUGCGGGAGUUUGUGGAGACGAUCCCCACCAAGGGAUUCAACAUGGAGCGGAUCAAGGUGCCAAUGGGGAACACCAAAAGUAACAGCACCACCUUCCAGGUGUGGGACGUGGGCGGCCAGGACAAACUCCGGCCCCUCUGGAAGUCGUACACCAGACGGACAGAUGGGCUGGUGUUUGUGGUGGACGCAGCAGAGGCGGAGCGCAUGGAGGAGGCCAAAGUGGAGCUCCACAGGAUCGCCAGGUCUGCAGAGAACAGCGGGGUCCCCAUACUGCUCCUGGCAAACAAACAGGACAUGGACGGAGCCAUGUCAGCUUCAGAGGUGGAGAAGGUGCUGGCCCUCCACGAGCUCAGCUCGUCCACGCUGCACCACACACAGGGCUGCUCGGCCUUGGACGGUCAGGGUCUGCAGCCGGGACUUGAGAAACUCUACGAGAUGAUCCUGAAGAGGAAGAAGAUGCUCCGGCACAGCAAGAAGAAGAGAUGAAGCGGAAGUGGACUCGCAGUGACGCCGGGGAUUACAGCUCGUUUCCUGAAACUUUAGUGGGUGAAACCACAAGAAUAGUCUGACAACGCUUCACAAAAGCGGCAUUGUUCCUCACCUGCUUCCUCUGUGAGCGUUUCCUUCCUCCUGAACACUCCUCCCUCUCCUCACCUUCAGUCCUGGAUGGACUGCGGUGGACGGACACAACUCCUGAGGGAACAACGGAGAGAAAACCAGUGCAAUAUGUAACGAACACUGACUCCAACAUUGAAGGAUAUUUGUCUUUGUUGUACCAUCACGUGUAUAGACUUUGUAGUUCAACAGAAACCUGCAGGUGCUGAACCUCGCUCACUCUCCCUCUCGCCCGCGUUACACUUGAAAUCGUCCUGUUGCAUGACGUUCACCUGCUCAGGAAGAGUAAGCAAACACUUUUGUUGAUCAAAAGAAGACGAACUGUCAUUUUUCAUUAGCUUCCCAAUCCAGAGACACACGUUUUUAAGGUCACGUGCGGGUGUGUUUCAGGGUUGGGGUAAAUAGUUUUUACAUUGUGCACAUAGCGAUUCGUAUGAUGUUACCAAAUGAAUAAAUUAUUGAGCAACUUUGGCA